AUGGAAUUUAUAACAUCAUCAUUUUACCCGACAGAAAUUUUAGCAUUAAUACAAUACAAAUUUCUUAGAUCAAAUAAUAAAUCAAAAGAAAUAUCAUCAUGGAGUGAAAGGAAAAAACGUUGUUAUCAAUUCUUGGAAAUGACCUCUGGGUCUUUUUCUUCAAUUAUAAUGGAAUUAGAACAAGAAUAUAGAGAUUUGAUUUGUAUGUUUUACCUUGUAUUAAGAGGUAUGGAUACUAUCGAAGAUGAUAUGACGAUUCCUAUAGAUAAAAAGAUUCCGUUACUAAGAACUUUUCAUGAAAAGAUUAGCCAGAAAGAUUGGAUUUUUACAGAAAACGGUCCUAAUGAAAAAGAUCGGCAAUUAUUAAUGGAAUUUGACGUUGUGAUCGAAGAAUUUCUUCUUCUUCCCAAAGAAUGUCAAGAUAUUAUUAUUGAUAUUACAAAGAGGAUGGGAAAUGGAAUGGCGGAUUAUAUAGAAAAAACCUCACAUGAUAGAUAUAGCAUAAUAACAAUUAAAGAAUUUGAUGAGUAUUGCCAUUAUGUCGCUGGAUUAGUUGGAAUUGGUAUAAAUGAUCUAUUUAAUGCUGUAGGGGCUAAAGUUCCUUCCACUUCGAAGAAUUCCAAAAUUAUAAUCUCUAUGGGUUUAUUUUUACAAAAAAUAAACAUUGUAAGAGAUUUUACGGAAGAUUUAAAUGAAAAUCGAAAAUAUUGGCCAAAACAAAUUUGGACAAAAUAUGUUGAAGAAAUAGAUGAAUUGAUUUUACCCGAAAAUAAAAUAAGCUCAAUUUAUUGUCUUUCAGAAAUGAUAUUAAAUACCUUGUUACAUGUAAUAGAAUGUUUAGAUUAUUUAUUUACAGUAAAAAAUGGGGAUAUUUUGAUUUUCGGAUUUGCUGCUAAACCAUUAAUUAUAGCCUAUGCCACCUUAGCUUUAACUUUUAAGAAUUAUAAUACUUUUGCUGUUAAAAAUAAGGUUAAAAUUCGAAAAGGUGAAGCUGCAAAGUUGGUCCUUCAGUGUACUGAUAUGUAUGAAGUUGCAAGACUUUUUAGAGAGUAUACUAAAGUUAUUUUGAAAAAGAAUAACGAUUCAUCAGAUCCAAAUUUUAUGCAAAUUAAUAUUGCUUGUGGUCAGGUAAAUAUCCAAUUCUUAUAA